AUGGGUACCGAAGAGGGCCCCAAGCCAAAAACAAGAGACCGCUACGAAUCUCUCAAGAUUUCCCGUCGAGAAUUUCCCAAAGGCUCAACGGACCUUACUUCCUCGGUCCGCUCCCAGUCAGAUAUCUUCCUCUCGUUUAUCAAGGACACUCACAAUAUCACCCUUAUGAUUCUCUCGCGUCUUUCAACUCAGCUAGGCCUUACCGGCUUCAAGAAGUUCGAGUCUUAUCACGCCGACCCUAUGGCAUGA